AUGUCCGAAACACUCGAUCUAUGCAUAGAAGAGAUCAAUAGAUCGAUAGAAUCCAUAUCUACACUAUACUUUAAACCCCCAGGGAUCUUUCAUAAUGCGGUUGUACAUGAUCAGCAAGGAAGAGGGUAUAGUUCGAUAAUAACGAAACUAAUACGGGACUGCAAUCCGAAAGAAGAGCUCUCACUUUUCAAGAUGGACAAGCAGGAACGUAUUCAUACGAGAAAGGACGGCAAAAGAGGAAAUUUGGACUACUUAGUCGAAAGAGAUGCCCAUCUUCGAAGAAACAGACAUAUUGGGAUACCUGAUGAGAAGCCAAUAAUACAAGUACCAAAGGAAUUCUAUCUUAAGCAACAUGACGAAGCCCUGGCAGAGAAACGGAAGUUAGUAAAGGGCUACAAUUUCGACAUGGAAUCGGGCGUAAAUAGUAGUGGUUCCAAUGUCUAUGAUUUACUCUUAUCAAAAUUCAAAGAUGAAGAAGUUGUGAGUCUGAUACAUGCACUUCAAAACGGGAGUGUUUUAAUGGGGAGUGAGGAUGGUGAAAGCAGAAGAAAGACGAUGUUUGUAGAAGAUUUUCCCACAGAGGCCAUUCUUCAGGUACUACAUGAGGUCUCCACUCAAUGGCCACUGGCCGAGUACAAACAGGCCUACUCCCAACACCUGAAUGACUACAGCAACUUCAAUUCUGAGAUAGAACUUCUGAGGGGCGAAAUACAAUUACAAGAAGAGCAGUUGCAUUUGCAUAAAGUCAACUCGUCAUCCUCUCAUGUGGUGGCACGUUUAAUUGAGAAAGAGAGAAGAGACAUAGAUGCAUUAGAGAAAGAGCUGAUACGCCAACAGGAGUUAAUCAAAAAUACAAUAGAAACAUCUGGUUAA